CGCACAUCCACCUUUCCCAAGCUCGCCAAUCCCGAUAUCUUUCCAAGAUCGCAUCAAUUUCCAUGUCGCUCCAUAGACACUUCUCCACCCUCCUCUCACCGAAGAAACACAAACCUCCCUCUGGACUCGUACUCACAACCACCCAUUGCCCCCACCAACCGACAUGGCGCCUACCCCAGGUAUCCUCUACGUAACCAUGCAGCCCAAUCCGUCCUUACCCCAUGCCCAGUUCCACGACUGGUACAACAACGAACACGGUCCGACGCGUCUGCGUCUGCCCUGGUGCCGGAACGGAUUCCGCUACCGCGCCAACGAUGGCCCGGAUUUCUCGGCUGCGAAGCCCGAGUUCAUGGCCGUGUACGAUAUCGAGGAUAUGGAGUGGUUGACCAAGGAUGUGUAUACGAGAUUGAGGAAGGCGCCGGUGCAGAGUCAGAGAGAGAGGGACACGAUGAAGGAGAUCGUGGUGGAUCGGAGGUUCUAUGAUUUGGUCAAGGAGUGGAAGAGUGAGGACUUCAAGAAGCUGGAGGAUGUAGAGAAUGAGGGAGAGAAGAAUGUAUUGGUUGCUGUUAGCGUGACGCUGUAUGAGGGUGAGGAUAAGGAGAAGGAGGUGGAAAAGUGGACUGAGCAGGAGCAUGUGCCCAUGCUGCAGAAAGUCCCGGGCUGGAGACGCACCAGAAGAUUCGUCACGAGCUACCUGGACUUGAAGGAUGGCAAGGCAAAGGAAUUCCUCAACCUACACGAAUACGCCCCGGAGAAUGGUCUGGGGGGACCAGAGUUCACCGCCGCCGUGUCGACGCCAUGGACCAACGAAAUAUCCAAAUCGUUUGUCAAGGAAAGGAGAAGGAGAACGUAUGAUGUAUACUACACCUUCGGCCCCGCACCACGAGACCUAGCAUCCCUCUCCGACCCCUCGACCAAACCGGCCGAAUCCACCGACGGCCUCACAAGGACGUUUCCAUCGUCACCAUCAUCAAACCCAACCUACCCAGCCAUAGAAUCCUACAUCACGACCCCGGACGGCGUCCGCCUCCCCUACCGCCUCGAAGGCUCGCCCGACCCCAACAGCCCGCUCCUCCUCUGCAUCAACAGCAUCCUCGUCAACUACCACAUCUGGGACGCCUUUGCCCCGGCCUUCCUCACCCUCACCAAUACGAAAUACCGCAUCCUCCGCUUCGACACGCGCGGCCGCUCGACCUUACCUCCUUCCUCCACCUCCCCCAUCACCCUCGACACCCUAACCCAGGACAUCAUCACCCUCCUCGACGCCCUGCGCGUCAAAUCCGCGUCCCUCAUCGGCGUCUCCCUUGGCGGCGCCACAGCCCUCAACACCGCCCUCACCCACCCCUCCCGCAUCUCCGCCUUCAUCGCCUGCGACACGAACGCCGUGGCCCCACCCAGCAACCCCAAAGCCUGGUCCGACCGCAUCGCCAUCGCCGAGAAGCAGGGUGCUGUGAGCUCUUCCUCAUCUGGAAGCGGCGAACCCAUUGUCGGCGACGAGCUCGCCGAAUUGACCGUCCGUCGAUGGUUCGUGCCGCAAUCCUACGACAACUCCGAACUCGUCCCUCGUCUGGAAGCAGUCAAGAAGAUGGUCGAGACGAAUAGUCUGGAUGGGUUCAGGAGGAGCGUCAAUGCGCUGUAUGCGUAUGAUGUGCGUGAUCGGAUGCCGGCGUUCAAGGGCAAGGGUGCAUUUUUGGUGGGCGAGGGCGAUGGGGUUUUACCCAAGACGAUGAAGGAGAUGGCGAAGAGUUUGGGGGAGGGCGGUGUGAGGUUGGAGGUUGUGGCGGGUGCGGGACAUUUGCCUAUGGUCGAGAGGCCGGAGGAGGUGGCGAGGUUUGUGAAGGAGUUUCUGGAGGGGUGAGGAGCUGAUAAGGAGGAGUGUGCAAAUGGGAGGAGGAGAGUAGUUGGAGUAGAGGUUUUGAGAAGUGCCGUGCUUUUUCAGUAUCUUUCCUGGUGCUAUAAUUAGACGGCAUGAAGUCAUUUUAGGAAAGUAACGAUAGACGUUGUAGAUGAAUACCAGAAUCAAGAUUCAGCAA